AUGGAAGCACACUUGGCUCCUUUGCCACUGUGUUUUGGCUUCCUGCAGAUAGGAAGCAGGCUUCGAUUACGAACUUUGGCAUCUGCCAUUUGCAGGGAGGUCGAGGCUUGCCGUAGAUGUGCUGCGGGUACUGACGGCACUUGGGAGCUUUGCCGUGCAGCUCAAGCAGGAGAGGUCCAGCUCUGCCGCCUGCUUAUCCGGAUGGGUGCGAAUGUCAACGCCAUCGGAGAGGAUGAUCUCACACCCUUGAUGACGGCUGCGUUGGCAGGCCGAACCACAGCGGUAGAAGCCCUUCUGGAUGAGCGAGCCGACCCCGACAAGCAGAAUGACACGAAGUGCACUGCAUUGAUUCUGGCCGCGGACAUGGGGCACGUGGCCGUUGUGCAGUGCCUUCUGCUCCGCAGAGCUGAUGUCCAUCUUCAGGCCGAUGACUCCACCACUGCCUUCAUUGCAGCUGCGCAGAAAUGCCAUUCAGCUGUACUGCACGAACUGAUGUUUGCGCACGGUGAGGACCAGCGAGCACUGGCGGAUGCGCUCUUGCGGGCAUCCGAAGACGGUUCUGCAGAUGUUGUCGAGCUGCUCGUUCAGCUUGGCCUGGAGCUUGAUGCCAGAAGCUCCGAUGGAGACGAGUCGAUCGGUGGCCAAGCAUUACGGGUAGCUGCUCACCGGAACCAUCGACCGGUAACCUUGGCGCUGCUAGCUUGUCGCGCGGAUGUGGAUGCUGCAUCGGCCAAUGGUUUCACUGCCCUUGCCGUCGCCUGCCAAUAUGGGGCAGCUGAUGUUGUGCAAGACCUUCUGGCCCGAAGGGCGGACCUGAACGCGCAGGCUCUCAACGGACGAACCCCCCUUAUGCUGGCUGCGACUUUCGGGCACACUGCGAUUGCCCGAAGCUUAUUGGAGCAUCAGGCCGCAGCGAAUGUGCGAGACGGAGACCAGAACAACUCCCUCCUUCUCGCUGCGCAAUCGGGAUAUGACGACAUCCUUUUCUCCUUGCUCGCCCACCGCGCUGCUGUAAACGAUGUCGGGCAGUCUGGAUGGACUGCGCUGAACCUGGCAGCAAGUUUUGGGCAUCUGGCAGCAGUCGACCUGCUGCUAAGUUCUGGUGCAGACACCAGCCUAGCAGACGAUGAUGGCGAGACUCCCGAAAUGGCAGCUCUUGCUGGCGGGCACGAGGAUGUUGCAAGACGGUUGCGGGCGCUGAGUGGCAGUGCAGUCGAAACCUGCAGGUGA